AUGGUGGGAGAGGACUUGGCAGAAGUAGGUUUAGAGGAAGAGGCUGAGGAAGAGGACAUCAAACUUUCAACAAAGCCACCAUUCAAUGCUAUCGUUGUCACAAGCUUGGUCAUUUUCAAAAUGAAUGUCCUACAUGAGGAAAGGAGGCCUAUGGAACAAGUGAAGCUUGGGAAUAAUACCAGAAUGAUGGUAAAAGGGAGAGGAAGUGUUAGAUUGCAUAGAAAUGGGAUCAACCAUCUCAUCACGGGAGUGUUCUAUGUACCAGAGUUGAAAAACAACCUUCUGAGAAUGGAACAAUUACAAGAAAAAGGGCUUACAAUUCUCAUUCAAGCAAGGAUAUGUAAGAUGUAUCAUCCAGACAAAGAGAAGAGUUCAUGGAGAGCAAGCCAGAAGUUGCAACUCAUACAUGCAGAUAUAUGUGGACCAAUAACUCCCAUGUCCAACAGCAUAAAGAGAAGGCCUACUGUAGCUGUCAAAGAUAUCAUUCCUGAAGAGGCAUGGUCUGGUGUGAAGCCUUCGGUAAAACAUUUUCUAGUUUUUGGGUGUCUUGCACAUGUUCAUGUUCCAGAUGAUAGGAGGAAUAAACUUGACGAUAUGAGUUUUGAAUGUGUUCUUCUAGGAGUCAACAAAGAAUGGAAGGGCUAUGGAUUGUACGAUCCAGUUGCUAAAAGGGUGGUGACCUGUAAAGAUGAGGAUUUUGAGGAAGACAAAGAAUGA